AUGUUGCGCGGCGGCGCGUGCGCACUGCUCGGCGCACCGUGCUCGCGCAAGAAUGGUGCAAUUUGUACCUGUCGGCUACACACUGCCCUGCUGCAGGAAUUUGCGACUCUUACAAAGGAGUUGAAUCAAGCUCGAGAACAGCUUCUAGAGAGAGAAGAGGAGAUAUCCGAACUCAAGGCGGAAAGAAACAACACCAGGCUUCUACUAGAGCACCUAGAAUGUCUAGUGUCGCGGCACGAGCGCUCGCUGCGCAUGACCGUGGUGAAACGGCAGGCGGCUGCCCAGUCGGGCGUUUCUUCCGAAGUGGAGGUACUGAAAGCGCUCAAGAGUCUCUUCGAACAUCACAAGGCGCUCGACGAGAAGGUUCGAGAGCGAUUACGUGUGGCGUUGGAGAGAAAUACAGCGCUGGAAGAAGAAUUGGCUUUAACCAAAGAAGAACUGCAACAGUACAAAUCAUCGUCCGGCCAGGACGACAAACCCAAAGAGAACGGCACUGUCUCGACUGGAUCGCCAGAACAGAACGGCGAACCGACACAGACUAAGGAAAGUAGUGUUAACGGUGAGCCGGAGACUGGCAAGAAACUAACUGAGCUACAAAACACGAUCGCUAAACAGUCGGCUGAGUUAAGUUCAUGGCAGAGAAGAGUGGCAGAGUUAAACAACAAAAUGACCGACCUAGAAGAGAAGUUAACAAAAGGAGAAAAGGAGUUGGCGAAGAAACAAGAUGAGUGCAUAAAACUACAGCGGGAUCUAAGAGAAAAUGUCGCUCAGAAAGAGGACCAGGAAGAAAGAAUAGCUACACUAGAAAAACGGUACCUCAAUGCACAGCGCGAGUCUACGUCUCUACACGACCUGAAUGAAAAGCUGGAACAGGAAUUACAACACAAGCAGGCCCAGCUUAAGCUUCAAGAAGAGAAGAUAGCGGCCAUCGAGGAGAAGUUGGAGCUGUCCACACAGAAACUGGCCCAGAUGUGUUCUCUGCCCGAAAUGGAGGAGCAGCUGAAGGCCAGGAUGGAAGCUCUCAGCCAGGCGCAGGAGAGGCAUGGCUCCGCUGAAGACAGAAUACAGAGGCUUGAGGCGAGUGUUGAGGAAAAGAAUGCGGAGCUGAUGAGGCUUAACCAGCGGCUGAGGAUGAACGAGGAGCACAACACGAGGCUGUCUGCGACGGUGGAUAAGCUGCUGUCGGAGUCUAAUGACAGAUUGCAAGUUCACCUGAAAGAGAGAAUGCACGCGCUAGAAGAGAAGAACGCAUUGCAGCAAGAGUUAGAGAAGACUCGUAAGUACGCAGAUGAAUUGCUUCACGAGAAACAGGAGAUACUCAAGGAACUCGCCAAGUGGAGGAUGGAGACUGAACAGCUCAAGCGUCAGAUGCUCCAACAAGAGAUAGCGUUCAACAUUCAACAAACGGACGCCUUGACUCGUUCCUUAUCCCCAGCAGCUCCGCAGCCGCCGCCGCCGGGACUCUUCCAGCCCAAGUUGGACGGUUCCUGGGAGAAACUUCAGCAAGCUCAUGUGCUCGCAAGUGUUCAGCAAGGUUUCGAUGUUACUAGUGAUGCGGAGAAUGAUGAGUCUGAAGGGGCUGAAGGUGGGCACACGGAUGCUGCUGCCUUGGCUCUCAUGCUGCAGGAACAGCUAGACGCCAUUAACACGGAGAUACGACUCAUUCAGGAAGAGAAGCAGAGCACAGAAGCCAGGGCUGAGGAACUGGAGUCUAGGGUUGGCAGCUAUGAACAUAUGAACGUUGUAUCGCGUCGCGCCGAGUCUCCGCCCCCAGCUGCUUCGCCUUCGCACACACAUAUGCAUCACAAGUACCACACUGCGCCCGCGUCAAUGUCACCUGCGCACGCGCACUACCGUGCGGCCAUCGCCUCUGAGAGCCUGCCCUCCAGUCAGUUGCAGCUAUGCGAGGAGGGCGUGGCUGGUGUAGGUGUGGCCGGUGUGGGAAUGGGCGGGGUCUGUGAAGGUGCGGAGUCUCCUUUAACGGCGCGUUCGCUGCGACUUGAAAGGGCAGCGAGGGCUAUUCACGCUGAGCGAGAUCGUUUGAGAACGCAUUAUCCUGCGCCUUAUGACUCGAGCUCUAUAAUGUCUGGAAGUAUGGCAAGGAUCCCGAUGCACAGCAGCUCAAGCCAAGAGUCCCUCGGCGGUGGCACCAGCACUUGGGGUGGCGGGGCAUCGCCCGGUCUUCCUCGUGGCGUGACAUCAGCAGCCUCAGCCGUCUCCAUUGCGUCCAUGCACCAACAGAAGAAGCGUGGCAUUAAGAGCUCUCUGGGAAGAUUCUUUAGUAAAAAGGAUAAAGCUGGAUUGCCGGUACAAGGUCAAGGGAGUAGGACCCUAUCAUCAGUAUCUUCGUUAGGUCUGUCGUCGCUGGUCGAUGACGACGGUCAGAUGUCGCAAAGCGGUAUAAGCAACCCUCUACACCGCCUGAAGCUCCGUCUAGCGAUCCAAGAGAUGGUUUCUCUUACGUCACCCUCUGCCCCAAGAGGCACUGCUUGCGCAGCGCUGGCCUUUGGAGACAUGAACCAUGAAUGGAUCGGCAACGUUUGGCUGCCUUCGUUAGGUUUACCCCAGUAUAGAACGACGUUCAUGGAAUGUUUGGUUGACGCUCGUAUGUUGGAGCAUCUCACUAAGAGGGACUUACGUACGCAACUCAAGAUGCUUGACAGUUUUCACAGGACAUCGCUCCAUUUCGGUGUGGCGUGUCUUAAGCGCGUGGGUUACUCGGUGCGCGCGUUGGAAGAGCGACGUCGCUCCGCAGAGCAUUGCAUACGGGACGUACUCGUGUGGACCAACGAGAGGCUGCAACGGUGGCUCACUGCUAUUAAUCUCAAGGAGUACGCAGCUAACUUAUCAGAGAGCGGCGUGCACGGUGCGUUGAUCGCGUUGGACGAUAACUUUGACGCCAACAGUAUGGCGCUUGCGCUGCAGAUACCCACGCAGAAUACUCAGGCGCGGCAAAUCCUAGAAAUGGAAUUCAACAGUUUACUAGCGAACGGUACGGAGCGUAAGGCGCGGCAACCUCACGAGCACGCGCCUGCCUCCUGA